CCCCCCAACCCUUCUUCCUUUUCCUUUUCUUCUUCCUCCAGAAAUUGCAAUCCUACAAAUUCCCAUUAUAUUGCUACCAGAUUAAGCCCAGCACUCCCCACUCCCUUGAUUCGCUACACCUUCAAUUCGUACGUACGGCAGAUCGAUCCAUCCAUCCGUGCCUCCGGAUGGCGGCCGAGGGGAUCGCGGCGGGGGCGCCGGACGGCAGGAAGAGGGGGCGGCGCGGGCGGCGCGAGAUGAGGCGGAUCGAGGACACCACGAGCCGGCAGGUGACCUUCUCCAAGCGGCGGAGCGGGCUCCUGAAGAAGGCGUUCGAGCUGUCCGUGCUCUGCGACGCCGAGGUCGCGCUCAUCGUCUUCUCCACGCGCGGCCGCCUCUACCAGUUCGCCUCCGCCACCGACUUGCGGAAGACGAUUGAUCGCUACCUGAUCCACACAAAUGAGAAAGCUGAUGAACCAGGUGUAGAGAGGUGGAAAUUAGAGGCGACAACCUUGGGGAAGAAGAUAGAUGCAAUUGAGGCAUAUAAGAGGAAGCUGUUGGGGGAGAACCUCGGAUCGUGUUCAACGCAGGAGCUACAAGAGCUGGAGGUGCAGCUGGAGAAGAGCCUAAGUAGCAUCAGGCAAAAGAAGCAAAAGAAGCUGAUGGAUCAAAUUUUAGAGUUGAGGGAGAAGGAGAGGAAGCUCUUGAAGGAGAAGGAGAUGCUCCGUGGUCAGUACAUGUGUAAGGCACUGCCUCUGCUGGAGCUGAACAAGGGCCAUAUGCAUGCUGCUGCACUGCUUCGAACAACAACAAUCGGUGGUGGCGGCGGCGGCGGCGGCGAAGAAGAAUCGGAGGAGGUGGAGACGGAGUUGGCCAUCGGAAUCGGAAGACGAUCAUAAUAGAUACACAGUGUCGCCGGCGAGCCGCAGCUGAUCGAUGAUGAAGAGUUAAUAACAUGCAUGCAUGUGUUGUUUGUUGGAGUAUAAUUGCUCUUGCAUCGUGUCCAGAUUAAUUAAACGAUUAUUGUCGAUGAAAUUAUAAUUUGGAGGAUCAAUGAUUUUGUGGUUGCUUUUCA